CAAAUGAAGAAGCGGAGCGGAGCAGAGCAGUUGAAGGACAUCAAAUGAAACACGGGAGCGUACAGCGAGUCCUUUUGAGUUUUGCGCGAAGCCUGUCUUCCGUGCCAGGAGACAGUACGUUUUAUUGAAAAUCAUGGAAGAAAAAUCUAAUUCGUUCUCCAGCAACAAAGAAGUGGAAAAGGCAGAUGGUAAUAAUGUAUUUCAGAGGCAAGACUCGAUACAGAAGAAGAAUAUGGGGAGCCAGAACAUGAAAGCAGGGGACCACGCGAACUCUGUGGGCUUCAAGGGUGACCAGGAGGAAGCCUUGGUCGGGUUCGACGAUGUAGACGGGUCCGGGAACCGACACGGCUUUAUACAGAGGCAAUUUGGAGCGAUGAUGCAGCCUGGCGUCAAUAAGUUCUCCCUGCGAAUGUUUGGCAGUCAGAAAGCCGUUGAGAAAGAGCAAGAAAGGGUCCAAACUGCGGGAUACUGGAUCAUUCACCCCUAUAGCGAUUUUAGGUUCUACUGGGACUUGGUAAUGCUCGUCAUGAUGAUGGGGAACCUGAUCAUCAUUCCUGUAGGAAUAACCUUCUUCUCAGAGCAGACCACCACCACCUGGCUAAUAUUCAACGUAGCAUCAGACACCAUCUUCCUCGUGGAUCUGGUCAUGAACUUUCGCACUGGAGUCGUCAACGAGGAGAGUUCCGAGAUCAUCCUGGACCCCAAGGUCAUCAAGAUGAACUACCUGAAGACCUGGUUUGUGGUCGACUUCCUCUCGUCCAUACCAGUGGAUUAUAUAUUUCUAAUAGUGGAAAAGGGGUUUGACUCAGAGGUGUACAAGACGGCGAGGGCGCUGAGGAUCGUGAGGUUUACUAAGAUUCUGUCUCUUCUGAGGCUGCUGAGACUUUCCCGACUCAUCAGAUACAUACAUCAGUGGGAAGAGGUCCCCUGUGGGAAGCUAUCCCACAACCCUGGUGUUGCAAGGGCCAUGCUCUACCAACUGAGCCACACGGGACCCCUCUUCCUGUUUUCCUCGCAGCUGUUUACUCCACAAUGACAGAACUAUCCUUCCCUUCACAAUGAAGAGUUGAAUACUCAUAACACGAUCAUUUUGUUACAGUAAGGUACAGCUGCUCUCAUGCCCCCACUGUACAACUUUCCCCUAUAACCAGAGUUCCCAGCAUAAUGCUGUAAUUUUAAAGCACUAUUUUCCUUACUGUAAAACAUAUUACAGCAUCUCCACUGUAAAUUUACAGGGAUUAUGUAAUGUUUUACAGUAAGGAAAAUAGUACUGUGAAAUACACUAUGUAUAAUCAAAGUUAUGUGGACACCCCUUCAAAUUAGUGGAUUUGGCUAUUUCAGCCCCACCCGUUGCUGACAGGUGUAUAAAAUCGAGCACACAGCCAUGCAAUCUCCAUAUGAAAACAUUGGCAGUAGAAUGGCCCGUA